AUGCGGGAAAUCGUGCACAUUCAGAUCGGCCAGUGCGGCAACCAGAUAGGAACCAAGUUCUGGGAGGUGAUCGGCGAGGAGCACGGGAUCGACCCCGCGGGCAGCUACGGCGGGGACUGCGCCUUGCAGCUGGAGCGGAUCAGCGUGUACUACAACGAGGCCCACGGUAGGAAGUACGUGCCGCGGGCGGUCCUGGUGGACCUGGAGCCAGGGACCAUGGACAGCAUCCGGUCCAGCAGGCUGGGAGCCCUCUUCCAGCCCGACAGCCUGGUCCACGGGACCUCGGGGGCCGGCAACAACUGGGCCAAGGGCCACUACACGGAGGGCGCCGAGCUGGCGGACGCGGUGCUGGACGUGGUGCGCAAGGAGGCGGAGAGCUGCGACUGCCUGCAGGGCUUCCAGGCCGUGCACUCGCUGGGCGGCGGCACCGGCUCGGGCAUGGGCACGCUGCUCCUGGGCCGGGUGCGCGAGGAGUUCCCCGACCGCAUCCUCAACGCCUUCAGCGUGGCGCCCUCGCCCAAGGUGUCGGACACGGUGGUGGAGCCCUACAACGCCGUCCUGGCCCUGCACCAGCUGGUGGAGCACGCCGACGCCUGCUUCUGCAUCGACAACGAGGCGCUCUACGACAUCUGCUUCCGCACCCUCAAGCUGGCCACGCCCUCCUACGGCGACCUCAACCACCUGGUGUCCCUGACCAUGAGCGGCGUCACCACCUCCCUGCGCUUCCCGGGCCAGCUCAACGCCGACCUGCGCAAGCUGGCCGUGAACAUGGUGCCCUUCCCGCGCCUGCACUUCUUCGUGCCGGGCUUCGCGCCGCUCACCGCCCGCGGCAGCCAGCAGUACCGCGCCCUGACGGUGGCCGAGCUCACGCAGCAGAUGUUCGACGCCCGCAACACCAUGGCGGCCUGCGACCCCCGGCGCGGCCGCUACCUGACCGUGGCCUGCAUCUUCCGGGGCCGGAUGUCCACCAAGGAGGUGGACGAGCAGCUGCUCGGCGUGCAGACCAGGCACAGCAGCUGCUUCGUGGAGUGGAUCCCCAACAACGUCAAGGUGGCCGUGUGCGACAUCCCGCCGCGGGGGCUGAGCAUGGCCGCCACCUUCAUCGGCAACAGCACGGCCAUCCAGCAGCUGUUCACCAGGGUGGGCGAGCACUUCUCGGCCAUGUUCCGCAGGAGGGCCUUCGUGCACUGGUACACGGCCGAGGGCAUGGACGUUAGCGAGUUCGCCGAGGCCGAGAGCGACCUCCACGACCUGGUGUCCGAGUACCAGCAGUUCCAGGACGCCGGCUUGGCUCAGGAGGGGGAGGGGGUCGCCGGGGAGCCCGGGGAGGAGCAGCCGGCGCCCUGA